AUGGAACUCAACCGAGAACAUUUUUGCGCCACAAUUUAUUACAACUUUCAGAGACAAUAUUGCAACAAGAAUGCCUUGCUGAAAUUCAAACGUGGACGGGUGAGUCUUAGCGACGAUCCCAGGGUGGGUGAAGAAAAGCCAACAAAAAUGGUUGCGACAUUUGUGUCAAAAGCGGGUCAUAUUGCAACAAUUCCUCUUAAUGAGCAAAGAACUCUUCGAAGAAUCAACCCCGAAAGAAGAAUCAUCCUCCACCAAGACAAUGCAAGCUCGCACACAGCCCAAAGAACAACGCAUCCCGAUCUAAGUCCUAACGAUUUCUUUACUUUCCCGAAAAUUGAAAACACACUGCAUGGUCAAAGGUUCCAGUCACCAGAAGAAGCAGUUGACGCAUUCAAAAAUGCCGUUUUGGAUCUGCCAACAAACGAGUGGAAUAAGUGCUUCGAAAAUUGGUUCGAGCGCAUGCAGACGCGUAUUAAUCUUCGUGGAGAAUACUUCGAAAAACAAUAA